AUGAGUGAAAAAAACGCCCGUAUCGCCAUUGUCAAUGGUGACAGAUGUAAGCCAAAGAAAUGUCGUCAAGAAUGUAAGAGAUCCUGUCCUGUCGUAAAAACUGGUAAAUUGUGUAUCGAAGUUACGCCUACUUCUAAAAUUGCUUUUAUUUCUGAAAUUUUAUGUAUUGGUUGUGGUAUUUGUGUUAAAAAGUGUCCAUUUGAUGCUAUUACUAUUAUCAACUUACCAACUAAUUUAGAAUCACAAGUUGCUCAUCGUUACUCUGCUAAUAGUUUCAAAUUGCAUAGAUUGCCUACUCCAAGACCUGGUCAAGUUUUAGGUUUAGUCGGUACCAAUGGUAUUGGUAAGUCUACCGCUUUAAAAAUCUUAGCUGGUAAACAAAAACCAAAUUUAGGUCGUUAUGAAAGUCCUCCUGAAUGGCAAGAAAUCAUUAAGUACUACCGUGGUUCUGAAUUGCAAAACUAUUUCACCAAGAUGUUAGAAGAUGAUAUUAAAGCUAUCAUUAAACCACAAUAUGUGGAUAACAUUCCAAGAGCUAUUAAGGGACCUAUCCAGAAAGUUGGAGAAUUAUUAAAGCAUAGAAUGGAAAAAGAUUCAGAGGAUGUCAAACGUUACAUUAAAAUAUUGCAAUUAGACCAUGUCUUGAAUAGAGAAAUUGAAAAAUUAUCUGGUGGUGAAUUACAAAGAUUUGCUUUGGGUAUGACUUGUGUUCAAGAUGCGGAUGUCUAUAUGUUUGAUGAACCAUCAUCAUAUUUGGAUGUUAAGCAACGUUUAAAUGCUGCCCAAAUUAUUAGAGAUAUGUUAGCUCCAACGAAAUACGUUAUUUGUGUUGAACACGAUUUGUCUGUCUUGGAUUAUUUGUCUGAUUUUGUUUGUAUCAUUUAUGGUGUUCCAUCUGUUUAUGGUGUUGUUACUUUACCUUCAUCUGUAAGAGAGGGUAUCAACAUUUUCUUAGAUGGUCAUAUUCCAUCUGAAAAUUUGAGAUUCAGAUCAGAAGCAUUACAAUUUAGAUUGCAUGACGCUGCAACAGAUGAACUUCAAAGUGCUGCUACUAGAGACUUUAGCUAUCCAUCUAUGGUUCGUACUCAAGGUGAUUUCAAAUUAACUGUUGAAGCUGGUGAUUUUUCUGACUCCGAAAUUUUGGUUAUGAUGGGUGAAAAUGGUACUGGUAAGACUACUUUAAUUAAGUUAUUGGCUGGUAAAAUCCCAGCAGAUGAUGGUAAAGAAGUUCCAAAAAUUAACGUUUCUAUGAAACCACAGAAAAUUGCUCCAAAGUUCCCAGGUACUGUUAGACAAUUAUUCUUCAAGAAAAUUAGAGCUCAAUUUUUGAACCCACAAUUUCAAACAGAUGUCUGUAAGCCAUUGAAAAUUGACGAUAUCAUUGAUCAAGAAGUCCAAACUUUAUCUGGUGGUGAAUUGCAAAGAGUUGCUAUUGUCUUAUCUUUGGGUGUUCCAGCUGAUAUUUAUUUAAUUGAUGAACCUUCUGCUUACUUAGAUUCUGAACAACGUAUUAUUUGUUCUAAAGUUAUCAGAAGAUUUAUUAUGCACAACAAAAAGACUGCUUUUAUCGUCGAGCAUGAUUUCAUAAUGGCUACUUACAUGGCUGAUCAAGUUAUUGUUUUUGAAGGUACUCCAUCUAAAGAUGCUUAUGCUAGAGCUCCAGAAUCAUUAUUAACUGGUUGUAAUAGAUUUUUAAAGAAUUUGAAUGUUACCUUUAGAAGAGAUCCAAACUCUUUCAGACCAAGAAUCAACAAAUUGGAUUCUCAAAUGGAUAAAGAACAAAAAUUAUCUGGUAACUAUUUCUUCUUGGAUACCAAUGGUGUCUAA